AUGGUACAACUGGAAGCAGAAGACAACGGAUGGCCUGCCUGGACUGAUGAUGUUCCUGUGGGCUAUUUGUACAUCUCCGAACCCCUCUUUGGUCCAACGGUUCUGAUACAGAGAAUAGCGGCCGUGCCCUUUGGUGUAUAUGCAAUUGUUCAGAACUUCAACAUGCCAAUCCAGAUCCAGCCACAGGUCUUCUGUGCGCUUGCACUGGUUAGCUGGGGCCAGGUCUUGAUAUACAAUAACAAAUGGACGACACGGAAAGCCUCUGUCGUAGGAACAGUAGUGGGAGUAGCAUUCGGAGGGAUCGAAGCCCUUCUGAUCCUCACGCUCAGACCGCUUUAUGACCGUCAAGUUGCAUGGCCCAUCAUGUUCGUGGGCAUUGUCGCUGCGAUCUUACUCGCAGCAGGUCUUUUGCCCCCUUACUUUGAGCUCUGGAAACGAUCGGGGAGGGUGGUCGGCAUCAAUUUCAUUUUCCUCACCAUCGACUGGCUGGGAGCGUUCUUCUCCCUCAUGGGCGUUGUGGCACAAAAUACUUUCGACCCUCUCGGUGGAUGUCUUUUCAUGGUCUGUAUUGUUAUCGAAGGCGGUAUCUUCGUCUCCCAAGGUAUCUGGCUUUUCCGCACCCGCAAACUCCGCGCCGCAGCGAAGGGCGCUGGCCGAGACUUGGACGAGCUUCCACAGUCGGACGUUUACCAUGUUGAAGUGCCGAGAAAGGGCAGUAUAGCAGCGUCCAGAGACGUGGAACGUGACGAAAUUGCCAGGAGGGGCAGUCUGGCUGUAGCGAGAGAUUUGGAGCAUGGGGAAGGGAGCAUGUUGUCUGUACUGCAACAUUUGGAAGACGGUAUUAGUAAAGAGUCGAGGUCCAAGACCGAUGUCGAGGUAAGGUGCGAGGAGGUACGGGCUGGAAGUAGUGAAGGAGUGCAGGAGAUCGACUAUGGGACUAUGGAGAGGAGUUCAGCUGCAUCGAGGACGAGGCCGGUUUUCAAGAGACAGGAUACCAACACAACUUGCUUCAAGGAACCACAGUGGUAG